CCCCUCUGACAGGUGGCAGCAGGAGGCUCCUCCCACCUGAUCCUCCUCUCUGAGCUCCUGGACACCUGUCCUCACUCACCACUCGCAGCGCAGCAGAGACACAAACACAAACACACAGGUGAACUCAGGAGCCAUGUUGGCCCUCUUGGCUGCCGGCUCCGUCUUCUUCCCUGGACUUUUCAUGGUGUCCAAGAAGACUCUGAAACACACGAGGGGAUGGAGGGAGGGGGACGCUGCCAUCGUAUCUGCACGUCUGGUGUCGUCAGUCCAAGCCGUCAUGGCCUCAUCCGCCGGAUGUGUCAUCGCCUCGUCCUGCAGGGACGUCUUGGAGGACCGUCAUUGGCUGACGGAAACCUACAUCCUGUUUGCCACGCCUUACUUUGCCUACGACAUCUACGCCAUGUUCCUGUGUUACUGGCACAAGCUGCAGGUCAAAGGUCACGAGGAGGAGGAGGAGGCGGGCGGCGGCGGCAGGUCGGUGGGUGCUGCUGUGGCCGGUUACCUGCGCAGAGAGCUGCUCAUGGUGCUGCAUCACGUCUUCAUGGUGGCCUUCUGCUUCCCCGCCUCACUGCUGUGGAGGCAGGGUAAAGGGGAUUUCUUCCAGGGCGUUUUGUUUCUGGCUGAGCUCAGCACGCCGUUCGUCUGUCUGGGGAAAGUCCUGAUCCAGUACCAGAAGCAGCACACUCUGCUGCACAAAGUCAACGGGGGUCUCAUGCUGCUGUCCUUCUUCACCUGUCGGGUGUUACUCUUCCCGUACCUGUACUACGCCUACAGCAGGUAUGCAUCCAUCCCGGUGUACACGGUGCCGCUGGUGGCCCCGUGGCAGUGUAACCUGGGGGCCGCUCUGCUGUGGCCCCUCCAGCUCUAUUGGUUCACGCUGAUCUGCAGAGGAGCUCUCCGCCUGCUCGUCACAGGACGCUCAAAAUCACCGCCGCCGACUUCUAAAGCCGACCACGCCGGCCGCUCGACCGCGAGUAACGGCUGCACGUCUCAUCAGGGGGACAGACGCUGAGGCGGGAGAGGAAGAAGAAGAAGACUUCAGUAUGAGUCCGAACAAAGAGGACAGAGCGGGAGAGGGUGAGAGGAGCUCUGAAGGAGAGUUUCAAAUGGAAGGAAGGAGAAAAGUCUGAGAAACUCUGACUGAUGACUGAAAUGAAGAACAUCACAAGUCCAUCGUGAACAAGUUUGACCAGAUGAAGAACUGAGAGACAUCAGCUCCAAGAAAUUAAUUUACAUUUUACACAGAGAGCACAGGUCUUUCUCUAUAAGCAGCCCGAUCAUCAGUCUGUGUACCAAUAACAUGACAUUAGACUUUCAAAUUGCAUUCAAGUCCAGUUUUGCAUGCUUCACUGAGGCCCCGUCCACUCUUCUCCGGUUUAGUCUACAAACAAGGAAUUAAAACGAAUACGAUCUCGUAUCAGAGUUGAUCCCCGUCUACAUUAA